UAUAAACAGCUCGGUGCGCUGUCAAGACGUUUGGAAUUUACAUUUUCUACAAUGUUGAGUUUCGUCGUUUGUAAAAACUACCGGUCCGUCAGAUCAAUUUCAACAAAUGUGAGUACCUAUGUCCGUUAUAUUAGUAAUUACCUACCUACUUAUUUUGACAGUUUGAAAACGCGUAUAAUCGACAAAAUGUACAUUUUUAUAGAAACCGUUGUUAAACGAAGUUCUGACAGACAUGUUUGGUAGGAACCAUAACUAUCUUCGAGUGUCGUUGACUGAACGUUGCAAUCUCAGAUGUAAGUCUGAUUCAAUUUUAACUAUUGCAUUAUUAUCAAUGCAAUUAAUGUCGUUAUAAUAAAAUUAUAAUUUUGAUCCCGCGGUAUUUGAUUACUAUACGGUACAUAAAAUUGACACCUUUCCAGAACAAGAUAUCGUGGAAAGAAAAUCGUCAAAAUGAUGAACGUCGCGGUUUUAUAUUUAGUGAUAAAUUCCGUGAGCGAAUUUAGAUGAACUAAUUGUACGUUUUUUGAAUAUAUAGGUGACUAUUGUAUGCCAUCGAGUGGCACAAAUCUUUCAGCGCAGUCAAAUUUACUCACCAACGAGGAAAGAGUACGUUUGGUUACGUUGUUUGCUGAACAGGGAGUUGACAAAGUCCGAAUCACAGGAGGAGAACCUACAGUGAAAAAAGAUAUCGUGCAGGUGGUGGGUAAGUGUGAAAUAUAAAAUAUUAUUGAUUAUACCUACCAGCUAUAAAGUCGCGAUUAUAACGGAAGUAUGAAAUAGUCUUAACACUAUUAACGCUUUGGUUAAAUAAACGUAAACACAAUUUUCAUUCUCUGUUGAGAGGAUUUAAAUAUUGUAUUUUUAAAUUUUCAGUUGAUUAACAAUAAUAAUUUCCACAAAAAUAAUAUGCGAGUAUGUAAAUAUCAUAACAAUUUUUUCUAUUCGUAAUAUACCUAUUGUACUUAUAUCGUGAUAACACAGUGUCCAACAGAGAUAUAUCCGUUGCAAUAUCUCCUGAGAUAAUAAAAAUAGGUAAUCGGCUUAUUUUUUUUUUGUAUAUAUUUAUUACUCGCAGGGAUACGGAUUACAAAUAAUUAUAUUUAAAUUAAAUUUGUUUUUUUGGUAAAAAAACUGAAAAAAAAACUUUUUAAUUUAUUAUUGUAAGUAUUAUGAAUUUAUAUUAUUAUUAUUAAUUGAAAAUAAUUAUUAAAAAUCACGAAUUUAAUGAAAAUAAAAGUUCAUACGUUAAAAUAUUCAGAAAAAUAAACUCUAUAAAAUAGCUAUCUUUAAAUUUUUCAAAAAUAAUAAAAUAAAGUUAUUUUUAAGUUUUUUAUCAAAAUAUAAAAAAUGAAUUAACAUAAAUAUGUUCAGCCUUUAGUGAGCAAUAUAAAAAAAAUAAAAAACAAAAUUUGUUUAACUUUAUUAUCUGGGUACAAUGAGUAUAUCUUCGUGGGACCCCUGUAUAUAGUUUUAAUGUAUAUAUUUUAACUUUGCAUAAAUCUCAUAUGAACCCAACAAAUAGAUUGAACGAACAUUUAAAAAUUACUGCUUAUUAAAUAGUGCAUACUAUACUAGAUGAUCCGUUUAAGUGGGUACAUUCAUUAUAUAAGAAAGUGUUAUCUUUUUUUCAAAUAUUUUUUUUUGACAUUUUAAAAAAACAAGCAGCUCUAUAAUGAUACAUUAAAAUUAUUCUUAUAACCCUUAUUUUAGGAGGUGAAACAAACACCUACUUUUAUUUUUUAAAUGCCAACCUAGGUACAUUAAAAUUACAUAAAUAGAUAGGAAUAUUAUUUUAAAUAAAUUUCAAAACCAAAAUGUAUUUUAACUAAAACGUUAUCUUUUUAUGACAUUUUUAACAUAGUAGGUAGGUAGUCGUUUUACGCCCAAAACUAAGGGUGACAAAAAUAAUAAUAAUUUAACAUUUUCAGAACUACUUAAUUCUUAAAUUUUCAAAAAAUGUAAUACUUUCCGAGAUAAUGAGUGUAGUAUACCUCUCUAAAUGGAUCAUCUUAUAAUCCCUUUGAACAUUAACAAAAACAAAUAACGGCCGUAUUUCGUACGAUGGAUGGAUGUAAGUGAGAAAUUAGAAAGGUAGAAAGGAAUUUUAAUGUAAAUCUGUAUGCUACAAUAAUUAAUCAUUACUAACGAAAAACGAUUCUGAGCGGAAUUUGAUUAUUUAUGCAUUGAAAGAACGUAAUAUUUCCCGGUUUUUUUUACAGUUUUUCCCUGUUUGUCCAAUUAAUUAUGAAAAUCCUUGAGAAAAUCAAAAAGUGUCCUGCUUAAAGUACCACCCCAGGAUAAUUUAAUUUGAGAAAAAGUGCUUAACUUGAAAAUCGGAGCAAGAUCUCUGAUAGAAAAAUUGUUUACAGAUAAAAAACAUAAAGAAUAAGAAUAAUAAACAUCAUUGUAAAACCAAUACAUUCCUCGUUGUGCUCAGAAUCUAAAACAAAUACCUAAAGUCAAUUAAAAUUAUGUUUCAUUGUCCUUCGAACAGAAUACAAUUAUUAAACUGUAUAGAUUUUAUUAAAUGUAACGCAACACAAACUCCCUUAGUAGUAGCCUAUCACAAAAAACUAUGUCUCUUAUACCUAUUAACAAAUAAUGUUCGAAUAUUUUAUUUAAUUAAUUACGAUAAUAUUUUAAACAGUUAAAUUGUCAAAAUUAUGUUUGUCUGAUGUAUCAGAAUCUCUCAGGGGCAUAAAGCAGCUUAAAACCAUUGCAAUGACUACAAACGGUUUGACUCUGACUCGACUUUUAGUGGACCUUCAACGUGCCGGCUUGAAUGCACUGAACGUAAGUUUGGACACUUUGCAACAGGACAGAUACGGAAACAUCACACGACGAGACGGCCGACUGCUCAAAAGAGUAUUGGCCGGUAUCGAUUUGGCAUCACAGCUGGGAUUUAGCCCCUUAAAAGUACGUUUUAGUAACCAAUGAAAUUAAUAUAUUAUCACGAUAUUAUUGAAUGCAGUAGGUAAUAUUCCGUUAUCAGUAUUAUAGUUAUCCUGAUGAAUUCAUUGAUAAUAUAUUUAAAAAUAAUAUACAAUUACGUUUUAUUUUCACAGUUAUAAAAACUCCGUGUUAUUGUAAACUUUAUGCUACUUAAAAAUCACUUCAAAUAUUAGGGCCUAAUUGAUUGAUUUGUGAAAUAGCAAGCAAUAUGAAAUCAAAAUCUAAGAUUUUGAGCCCCCCCCCCAAAUUCCUUAAACAUUUAUGAAAUAGAUACUUACAACUCUCAAGCAUAAAAGAAAUAUGUAUAAUUUAAACUUUAAUGACUAUAAUAAUAUUGGAUACCUAAAUAGUAUAUAUAUUAUGACCUGACUAACAGGUAAUAGUCACACAAUCCAAAUUGCUAUAGGUCUAGAAACUGAUCAUUUUUUAUUGUUUACUUUUGGUUCUUAUCGAUUAUACGCAGUGCUUGAAUUGGACAAAGAAAAGAAAAAGGACAAUAGGGCUUUAAAAAAAAUAGUUUCCCUUUGUUUAUUGUAAUUAUUGAACUCAACUUAAUCCUGGAAGGGUAUUUACCCUCACACCUCCUUAAAACCAUUUUCAAGGAUAACUCAAUAAUUAUCUAAUAAUUUACAAAAAAAAAAAACUCAAUCAAUAAUAUAAUACUCCUACAACCUACAAUUUUGUUUACAUAUUUAUUUAUUUUAUACUUCUUAUAUUAUAAUUUGUAACACUAAUAAUAUUAUUUAUAAUAGAAUAGGUAUUUAAUUUAUAUUUAAAUAAAAUCGUUUCUUAUUAUCGUAAAAAAAAUGAUUAUGUUUAGAUUAUGGUUAAAUGACUUUGUAAUUUGUUAUCACAAAGAGCAUAAGUGACUUAUUUUUUAAAAAACAUUUUUUUUGUAAUUUAUAAUGUAAAAACCUGAACAAAGUAUUUAUUAUAAUGAAUAUCUGAGUUGAUAAUAUAGAUAAGAACAUGGCUUUUGUAAAUAUUAUUAUUUGCAAUAAAAAAAAAAAAAUCACGUACCGUCUUUCCGUCUUGACAGAAAUAAUCAGUAAGGUGACGCUAAAAAAAAAAAAAAGGAAAAUAAGACAGGCAUACGUCGCACGUUUGUGGGCCACUGUUGUAGGUGAAAAACCGGGACGGUAGAAGGGAAAUUUAAUGUAUACCUGUAAGCAACGAUUAACCAUUGCUAACGAAAAACGAUUCUGAGCAGUGUUCGGUUAAUAGCGUUGCUUUACCAACAAUGUAUAUUAUAUCACAUUAUGGUAAAAUAAUCGCAUACUUAUUUAUAUUAUAUAUUUUCUUUAAUAAUACUCGUUUAAUGUUGCCGGUGGAAAAGUUUUCCACAGAAAAAAAAAAAACAAAAACUAAACAUCGCAUCACUGCAAUACCAAUGCAUUCCGCUCUCCACUCAGAAUCUAAAAGUAAAGGAAUUCCAUCACGCCCCCACAAUUCGAACACAGAUUACACGAAAAGAAAACAACAGUUAUAUAAUUGCUUAAUUUCGUUCUGAUCCGCGGCGUUCCCAUAUAAAGAUACGCUAACGUAAAUGCCGUAAUAUGAGUGCCUACAGACUAUAAUAUAUAACUGUAUUUUCGACAUUUUGUUGAAAAAUCACUGGAAUCACUGAAAAAUCGCACACAUAAUAUGUAUUGCGUUCACUGUACAGGUUAACUGCGUGUUGAUGAGAGACGCCAAUUUCGACGAAAUACGCGAUUUCGUAGAAAUGACCAGAGACCGGGCGAUCGACUAUCGGUUCAUCGAAUUCAUGCCGUUUUCGAUGAACGACUGGGACGAAAAUCGAAUGGUACCUUAUAACGAGGCCAUCCGAGAGAUCACCAGAUCGUAUCCGGAUUUCGGGCCGUGCGGCAACGAUCCGAAUUCGACUUCGAAGGUAAACGUAAUUGCCAAAAUUUCGUUUCACGUGCUCGCCCACAAAAAUAAACAACAUUGUCCUCAGUCUUCAUUUGAUGUUCUCGUACCUACUAUAGAUGUACCGAGUGCCAGGAUUUUUGGGUCGCGUCGGGUUCAUAUCGUCGAUGACGGACGAAUAUUGCGACAGCUGUAACCGAUUGAGACUGAUGGCCGACGGAAAUCUGAAGGCUUGCUUGUUUCAAAAUAACGAAAUCAAUCUGAGGUGAAUUCCGAACGCAAUGCGUUGUUACCGGGGUUUAACUUGUCCGGUGUUACGCUGGGCUUUGGAGACGGGCUUAGAUUUUAUAAUCCAAGCCCUCUAUCUAUAAGUCCUAUACAUCUGACGGCAAUUUAACAUAAUUGUUAUGCACUAUAUAGUACAUAUUAUAGCUAUUACAGCUGAAUAGAAAUGUCGAGGGCUUAAAAUAUAAUUGUGUUGUUAGUUAAAACCAAAAAAAAAAAAAAAAAAAGAAGCAAGAUUUUGGAGAAAUUCAGGAUGGCCGGCUGGUGUUGUGCUCUUUAGUUAAACAAAAAACUUACAAAAUUAUAGUUUAACAUGGUUUAUCGUUUGAAUCGAUUUAGGAGCCCGCUUCGAGAAGGAGCUUCAAACGAAGAGCUGUUGGAAAUCAUAUCGGCCGCAGUGAAAAAUAAGAAAAGAAAACACGCCGGUAAUUAUAAUUUUGAAUUUUUUUUUUUUUGUUUUCUAACGGGCGGGUAAGUUACGCGCAUAGACACGACCACUUAUAAUAUAUGAAACAAAUUGAUUAUUUGUAUUUCAAAUAGUUGUUCCACGGUACAUUUAGCAAAUCAAUACUAUACAUUAUAAUACACGUAUAUGAUAUGAACGUAAUACAGGAAACAAUUUCGAAAAUUCAAAAUAACGGAAAAAAAAAAAAAAAAAAAACAAACGAAGAAAAGAAUAUCUACCUAAAUUAUAUAACUUUAUAUAGAUACCUACAAUAUUCUGUACGGUACAAUAAAACUGUAAACGUUUUUUUGAGUCGGUUUAAAAUUAUAUAAUACAUUUGUACCUGUGCAGCGCUAUAACAUAAUUUUAUGUUUAACGCGAUUCUGAACAAAACGAGAAAAAAAUGUAAUGACUUUGAUUGGUCCGAUUGUAUUAUCAGCAAGUUUAAUAUACCUUAAUAUUCGGGGGCGAGUCCGGGAAUUUCCAAUGAUGGAUGAACGUGUGGCAAACAGAAAUCGUAAAAUCGUCUUCUCUACCCUGCAACUCGGCUAACUGAAAAUCGGAAAUUUAAAAAACCACAUCCUAAAAAAAGCCAAUUUUUAAUCAAUACAUCCAGUUAUUCCUCGUAAAUUUGCUGAAGUAUAUGCGUUUCGAUAUUAAAUAACUCAUAUUUUGUUGUAUUUUUAAGCCGAUAGGGAGGGGGGAUAUAACCCCUAACCCCUCUAACGUCAAGCUAGCUCACCACACGCCACUCUUGCGCAGUUGAACCUUAAGUACAUGGUGUAUACAUCGCGGUUAUCAUUACGGUAAAUAACCGUGGUAUACAUUGUACCUAUUCAAAUACAAAGCCAUAAUGAAAGCAGAGUCGGGCCAUUGAAUAUUUAGUUAAAAAACAUUACAAAUCGUAUGAAAAUGAAUUUAUUACAAUAUGUUUGGAAACUUAUUCGAAUAAUUUUUCAAAAUGCAAAAUACAAAAUUAUUAUAUAACGUGUUAAACGCGAUUUUUUUUAUUAAAAACGACUGUAGCGUAUUAUUAUAUUCGUGCAAAAUACCUGCGUUUCAUUUGUAGGUCAUAAGCGGCACAAGUCUGUAAUUUCAAAAGGGAAAAAUAUCGCAUUUAACCAAUUAUAACAUUAUACACUACCUUAUAAUACAGAUCCGAAAUUCAGGUCCUUAAUAUAUUAUUAUGUUUUGUCUGCAAAUAAAAUACCUGCGAGCAGAGAGUUUAUUCGAACAGCGCCCUAUAACAAUACCCAUAACUACUCGCGAAUGAAAAACAAUAAUCGAUGAUUUUUAGGAAUGGAAAACCUCCGUCGCAUGCCGAACCGUCCAAUGAUUUUGAUCGGCGGAUGAUGUACCUAUCUAUGUAUUACAAUCUAGUUAUAUAAAAAAAAACGCACAUCAACGGUAGGUAAACGGCGAAAAGUAAUAUGCGUACAAUGUAUGUAACACGUGUAUUAAAAUAUUAUUUACAAUAUUAUUUGGCAUUAGCACUUACAAGCAUUUAGUUUUAAAGCAAAUCAAUAUUCGGCAAUACUUCACGUAACACCAAAAUAAUACUAUUAUAAUAUAUGAUUAUAAUGUAUAAUUUUAAUAUAUCACUGUAAAUAAAUAAUCACCGUUUUUUUUUUUUUUUUUUUUACGUUAAAAACAAAAACUGUUUCAAUCGUAUUAAUCCCUUUUCCCUUAUUAUCGCUAGCCAUUUCCUCUUCCACUCCAUCACACCUACGAGCCACUUUUUCUUUGGUCUGCACACGUCUUUCCCGCGGCACAAUAUGUUACGGUGCGCGGUGAUCGUACGUUCGCAUUUACCGUAAUUUUCAAAUUUAUCGUAAAUUCAACCGUUAAUUGGUAUCUACGAAAUGCGUUUGUUUUCGUGUAGAGCGUGACAUAUGGCGACGUUGGCAGAGUCUGAUUAACCGAAAUGGUGUGGGCAAGUGCACAAUCUGAGUCGAGGCCUUAUAGGUUCUAUAUACUUGUACCAGGGACAAAGGUAGAAAAAGAUUUGGAUGAAACAUUGACCAGCCCCCCCCCCACAUCGCGUUUACUACUGAUCUACGUAAUUUGAGAAUACUCCGUGAAAAACAUCCCUCUACGUAUUUAUACCAUAUUGCUAUUAAUACCUUUAACACUUAGUUAUAUGCAUCACAGAAAUAUUAAUUCUGCACGGCCCGUACAUGUGGAGUCACUAUACUAGUAUUUUAAGUAAACGCGCACCGUCUGCAGCUGCGUUAAUCUGGACAUGGACGUUGGCGCAACGGUGCCAUUUAUCGUCCGUAAAUCCAUAGAGGUACCAUUUCGUUAUAGUUUUUUCUGAAUUGCCUGCGCUACUCGACUAGAUCGCCUCUGAUAUUUUAUAUUCGUGUAUCCAAUCUGGUUACACCUUACAUACAUCACACGUCUUUUAAAAAAAAAAAAAAAAAAUUAAAAUAUUAUUGUUAUGGUUAUUAUUUUGUUUGCGUUACAGUAAUAAUUAGACACGCCACUGCCGCCGAGCGGACGGGGCCGCCGGCUUCCGUUGACCCGUGUCGCUACCGCCGCCGACGUCCCCGUUUCAGCAGCGUCACGGGAAACCGUCCGGCGGCGUCCGGUGGUAGCCACGACGGACCGCGUUUGACGCACGUGGACGGGCAGUCGGGCGACGCGCGCAUGGUCGACGUCUCCGGAAAACGGGAAACGCGGAGGACCGCCACGGCCGUGGCCCGGGUCAGGCUGGACGGUACGGCCACCCGGCUGAUUGCCGAGGACGCGUGCAAGAAGGGCGACGUGCUGGCCGUCGCUCGACUGGCAGGAGUGUGCGCGGCCAAAAGAACGUGGCAGCUGAUACCGCUGUGCCAUCAGGUCAGGUUAGACACGGUAACGGUGGACGCCCGGCUAGACGUCGGGCGACGGCUGGUGCGGAUAACGGCCACGGCGGUCAGCACCGACCGCACCGGCGUCGAGAUGGAAUGUUUGACUGCCUGCGCCGUGGCCGCGCUGACGGUCUAUGACAUGUGCAAGGCGGUCAGCCGGGACACGAUCGUCGAGCACGUCAAGCUUUUGUCAAAAACGGGCGGAAAACUCGAUUACGCCCGUGACGACGACGACGAAUAAUAAUAAUAAUAAUAAUUUGAUUAAUUUUCGCGUGAGAGCGUUCGUUAUGAGCGUAAAAAUAAAAACGUAUAGGUAUGUCUGUUGUGAUUAUAUACCAGCAGUACCUUUUAAUAACAAAUAACUAUUUAAAAAAAAAAAUAGUAUAAUUAUAAUAUUAUAUUGUUGUUGCGUGCGUAUAUAAACUCGUAAGAUCCGAGAGGGUAAAAGCGCUAAAUUUUCAAUUGAAUGUCUUUUUCAAAUUGUUUAGAAAGAGAUAUUUUAUGAAAUUAUGUUGAUAUAGUAUAUGUGUCCUAAACAACUUAUUCAGUAUAUAUGUACCUAUACCUAGUAUCCUACUGAAGUGAAAAUAUAAAAUGAAUAGUAUCAGUG